UUUGAUUGGCUGUUCACCGGAAUUUAAAUCGUAGCUUGCAGAGCUGUCAAAAUAUGCACAGAGCAGAGGCUGGAGACGGUGUUUUGGGCGUAAAAACCAUGAGGACACGUGUUGUUGACUCGUCAUCAGAAGACGAGGAGAUCGGCGAUGAGCAGCUGACACCGCUCCACGUCUCCUGGGUGCCAUUGUCCAUCGUGGAGUGCUCACAGUUUCUGGGAAUAUGUGCACUACCAGGUUGCAAGUUCAAAGAGAUUCGCAGAAAUCUGCAAAGAGACGUUGAGGAGCUCCACAACCAGGGAGUACAAGACGUGUUUGUUUUGUGCACCAGAGGGGAACUGACCAAGUACCGGGUUCCCUCCCUGCUGGACGCCUACCAGCAGCGAGGCUUCACCGUCCACCACAUGCCCUUCACCGACGGAGCUGCUCCGGAGCUGAAGCUCUGCUGCCAGAUCCUGGAGGAGCUGCGGGUCAGUCUGGAGAACAGCAGGAGGACAGUGAUCCAUUGUUACGGAGGCCUGGGACGCUCUGCAUUAAUCGUCGCCUGUCUGCUGCUUCAGCUCUCCUCGUCGAUGACGCCAAGCAAAGCCAUUGAAAUCCUCAGGGAGCACAGAGGAGGAGGAGCCAUUCAAACAGUGAAGCAAUACAACUUCCUGCACGAGUUUCAGGAAAGAUACUCGGCGUACCAGGAGAGCGCCGAGGCUUCCACAGAGCGCCCGGUGUCGCGGUGAUCACAAAACUCGCCUCUUUCGUCUGUGUCGUUCUCGGUUCUUUGCGGUCGAUGUGACUGUGUCCUCUGAUGUUCUGCACUUUAACAGAAUACGCUAAUAUAUUUUCUUCUUCCUCGCCCGAAUUUUCAUCAAAUAAAAUUGUACUCGACUCUUUAAA